AUGCAAUCUGCUCAUGUUCAUGUGUUGAUUAACUACGUUGAAGUUAAACCAUAUCUUGAGGCAUUUAAUACUUAUUAUUUUCAAAGCACGGGUGAACAACCAUUGACAGGUUACACACAUGCCUAUUUUCCAGCAUGGUUCAAGCAACAAUUAUAUUGCAUUGUUGCACCAAGUCCUGAAAUAAUUCAUUUGAGAAGUUUAUCUGAGGGCCCUCAUCAGCGUGCAAAUGAAUGGCACACUUACUUUGUAAACGGAUAUAAAUUCCAUACUCAAACAUGGACAAAAGGGAAGAAAAUAAUAAACAGUGGUGUAGUUGUAAAAGGAGUUACAGAGGGUGGUGAGGACGACUUUUAUGGUGUUAUCACACAUAUUUAUGAGUUGGUAUAUAAUUAUAUAGACUCGAAAAAUAAAUUUGUCCUAUUUUAUUGUGAUUGGUAUGAUCCAUCUUCCAGAGGAACUAAAAUAGAUAAAAAAUAUAACACUGUUGAGAUACGAAUGGAUCAAAAGUACAAAGAGUAUGACCCUUUCAUAAUGGCACAUAAUGUUAGGCAAGUUUACUAUGUUCCUUAUCCUUCAAUUCAACCAAGUAAACGAGGAUGGUGUGUUGUAAUCAAGUCCAACCCAAUGGGUUAUAUUGAAUUUGACGGUGUAAUGGAAGAUGAUGUUGCAUACCAAGAUGAUGAGAUUUCACCCGUGAAUGGGGUAAUUGAAAUUGAGGAGAUUACAAGUUUGGGUGAUACUGUGGUUGUGGGUCAACAAGUUGAUGCAACCAUCUUGUUAUCAGCAAAUCAUGUGGAAGAAGAGGAGGAAGAGUCAGGAGACUCUGAAGACGACAAUAUCGUAUCUGAUGAAGACAAUGACGAUUACAAUGAUGAAUAA